AUGGCGUCGCCCUUUAUCAUUAGUGACCUCGUCGAAACUGAGGCAAGCGCUCCUACGCCUCUCGCCGACUCGGAUUUCCAACUUUUUGCAUCUGAGAAGCGCAAGAUUGAUCGAGAGAACCAGCAGCGAAUCGCGGACAUGAGCCCGGCGGAAAUCGAAGAGGCGAGGCGAGAGCUCAUGCAUGGGCUGGAUCCCGCUUUGAUUGAGAGGUUGUUCAAGCGAGCGACCAUCGACGAUGACGACUCUUCUUCUUCUCCCAUCUUCAACAUCAGUCCCGGGCAGCCUUCCCAGCCGCCCCCGGAGAUCAAAGUGGAAGACGUCUCGAAACCUACGGCGGAGCCCAAGCCUACACCCGAGCGAAGCCCCGAACCGGCGGUCGACGACAGGCCGAGCCAGGAUACUGCUGCUACGGAGCCAACGCCCACAGGGAAGGCGCAGCGGCCUAUCUCGACCCGGCCGACCCAGACUUUCUCGAGUCGCUCCACAAAAAUACUUUCCCAACCUACCGGCCGACCCUACCAAGCUCGCCUGGAUGGCUCCCCUACCCACCGAGGACAGCAUCGCGGACAAGGAAUCCCCUACCACCCGGGCAAGGACUCGCUCUCCGCCUCGGCCCUCCGCUUCGACUUCAAGGGUCGCCUUAUUCCGCCCCGCCUCAGCCGCCAGAUUCCCGUGUCCAAGGGGUUGCAUCACCACGGCUUAGCUCCCGAGGCGGCUGGGUACACCGUAGAGGAGCUGUGCAUCCUCGCCCGCAGCGCUGUUGCCGCCCAGCGGUGCAUCGCGUUCCAGGUCCUCGGUAGGAUCCUCUUCCGCCUCGGCAACGGCGAGUGGGGCCUUGAUGAGGACGACCCCAUCGCCAUGGGUAUUUGGGGCACGAUCAAGCAAGGCAGGGCCCUGGAUAGCCUCUCGGAGGCUGCCGCCAAAGAGCACGGCCACAGGUCGAGCCAGGCGUACGCCAUCGAGGCUCUCUGGUUGUACGAAAGGGUGGUUGGAAGGCAAAGUUCAGCGGAAGGUGAGGCGUGA